UUGCCUUGUUCCCUUUAAGUUGAGUGCUCUACUUAAAAAAAAAAAUGGUAUUUUAUUGCCUUUUUCUCUUUCUGUUGCUGGGCAUAGAACUGGUUUUUGGUUUUACUAUGCCAGAAUAUUAUCAGCGUGAAGCCAUUUGCAAAUUACCACCUAACUAUGGAAAUUGCGGUCAUCAGACUUAUUUGUGGUACUUUGACUACUCAGAAAAGAAUUGCAAGCGUUUCAUCUACUCAGUUUGUGGAGGCAAUCGAAAUCGUUUCUACACACUGGCUGAGUGCACUGAAUUCUGUGACAUUCCCCAUGAUUAGAGAGUAUUAAGGUUAAUAUAUUAAUGGACUUUAAUAAAAGAGAAAAGUGUGCAAACCUG